ACAGGAAGGAGGAAGAGCUUGGUGGGGGAGCAGGACCUUCCCGGGGUGCACUGGAAGUGGGGGCACAGAGUGGCUGUUUUAUAACUGGGAUCCUCAGUGACGUGUGGUCGCCUGCUCCUUGGCAGCUUUCUUUAUGGACCAGUAGGCAGAGCGAAAUUGACGCUGACAAGACUUUCGCAUCUUGGAAGGCACUGUGAUCUACUGUAGUGAAGAACAGAGCCUCUCAAUCAGGCGGAUGUAAAUAGGAGAGACUGAGGGGAGUCCAAAAGAAAAGAAAGAGGAGGGGGAAAAGUGUGUGUUGGGAGGAAGCAGGGAAAAGCAUUUUUGGUGGAUGGUAUGAAGCCAGCCAUGGAAACUGCAGAGGAAAAUACUGAACAAAGCCAAGAGAGAAAAGUGAACAGCAGAGCUGAAAUGGAAAUUGGCAGGUACCACUGGAUGUACCCAGGCUCAAAGAACCAUCAGUACCGUCCUGUGCCAACCCUGGGGGACAGGGCUGGCCCCUUGAGCAGUCCAGGUUGCUUCGAAUGCUGCAUCAAGUGUCUGGGAGGAGUUCCCUAUGCCUCCCUGGUGGCCACCAUCCUAUGCUUCUCUGGAGUCGCCUUGUUCUGUGGCUGUGGUCAUGUGGCUCUUGCAGGCACUGUGGCAAUUCUUGAACAGCACUUCUCCACCAACACCAGUGACCAUGCCUUGCUGAGCGAAGUGAUCCAACUGAUGCAGUAUGUCAUCUAUGGAAUUGCAUCCUUCUUCUUCUUAUAUGGCAUCAUUCUGUUGGCAGAAGGCUUUUACACCACAAGUGCAGUGAAAGAGCUGCACGGUGAGUUUAAAACAACUGCCUGUGGCCGAUGCAUCAGCGGAAUGUUCGUUUUCCUCACCUAUGUGCUGGGAGUGGCAUGGCUGGGUGUGUUCGGCUUCUCUGCAGUGCCCGUGUUUAUGUUCUACAACAUAUGGUCAACUUGCGAAGUCAUCAAGUCCCCACAAAGCAACGGAACCUCGGGUGUGGAGCAGAUCUGUGUGGAUGUCCGACAAUACGGUAUCAUUCCUUGGAAUGCUUUCCCAGGCAAAAUCUGUGGCUCUGCCCUGGAGAACAUCUGCAACACGAAUGAGUUCUACAUGUCCUAUCACCUGUUCAUUGUGGCUUGUGCUGGAGCUGGUGCCACCGUCAUUGCCCUGAUCCACUUCCUCAUGAUACUGUCUUCUAACUGGGCUUACUUAAAGGAUGCGAGCAAAAUGCAGGCUUACCAGGAUAUCAAAGCAAAGGAAGAACAGGAACUGCAAGAUAUCCAGUCUCGGUCAAAAGAACAACUCAAUUCUUACACUUAAAAGUGUUUGCCAGAGUGUGUCAGCCGACGAAUUUACAGCUCUGACACAUCAUCAGACAGCUGCUCUGCAGUACAGAUGUGUAUCCCACCAAACAAACUAAUGUAGACGUACCAACAUUUCACCGUCUGUCUCAAGCUGCUGGAGUGGAUCUCUAGGAAAACCUUCCAGCGGGUAAAUCAUUUUCUUUAGAACAAGUAUCAGAGGUUUCAUGUUAGCCAUUUUAAAAGGCAACACUUUGACAGAAUGGCCAUUCAUCUUUUGGAGAGUCGUGGCAUGUGUGCUUAACUGCUAGAGCAGUUCUAACACAUAAUUACAUCAUGCUCUUUCAUAGGAGCAUGCCAGUAUCAAAGGACAUGACCCUAGAUUUUCAUAUGCCACCUGUCCUCAAGUAUGAUCAAAAUGCAAUUGGUGUGAAGUUCAUUUCUGAUGACCUAUAUAACCUUGGGCUCAUCAAUGAUAAUGUGAUUAAUUCAAACUUUUAACAAUUAGCACCCCUAAGGUCUCAGGCAUUUAUUUACCAGGCCAUUCAGAAAUCUUUUAGUAAUGCUAAAUCAAGCUGCAAUUAUGCUAAAUUUAUCAGUGCAGAAGCUGGAUUCUGACUGGAGCUCUGCAAAAUCAGCUUUGUAGUAGAUCUCUUCAUAACAAAAUGAGAGUGAUGAUUUGAUGAUCACAAUUCUUGUUUGGAAACAAAUGUCAGCUCUGCCUUAAUAUUUGUUUUCAAUUUCUAAGAAUUUAUAUUGUAACCAGAAACCCAAAAUUCCUUCAUACUUUUGUUUCACGAAUAUUUUUCUUAAUUAAGAAGUGUUACCUUGUUAAAAUGACCACCAUUCUAAACCAUUUUUAAGUGGUCCAGAUAGUGAGUUUACAGUUUCAUAUCAACUAUCUAAAACCUAACUGCAAAUUGACCACAGACCUCUGACCUCCUACUUUUAUAGACUUUAAUACAUAAGUAAUUUAAGUUAGGGUUGGUAUUUAUUUCAUUGUUUUCUUAUCUAAAUCUUAAUUUCCUGGAAUAAUGUUUGAUAUUCAGCAAGAAAACUGCUUGAGUUUAAGCCAUUUUCAAGAGAAAUUUGCCUUCUGACUCAUUGUGUUCCAGAACAUUAAGUGACUAAUAGGUACUGGGUAUUAGUGAUGGUAAGUUUUGUGUUGUUCAUUAUGGAAUGAUCCAUAUAACUGUGGGGUGCAUCAGUGCUUUUCAAAGGGGCUGCAUACUAUAGGGUUAACUAUGUAUAUUCAUGUUAAGAGUUAACUUGUGGUUUGGCUUUUUCCUGGAUUUUAAAACAUAUACAUGUGCAGAACUGUAUUCAAAUGAAAGGAAGCAUACCUUUAUCAAGAUGCUAUUAAAAUCAAACAUCAACUAUCGUAUUUCAUUUGGAUUUUUUCUUCUGGUUAAUGCUUAAAACGCCUAUUUGGAUUCUUUUUGAUUGGGAGACGCUCUCUUCUGUGUAUAACAGUUAUUCCAAGAUAGCUUAGUGUUUUGUUUUCCUAUUGCAUGACAGAAUUCAAUAUUUUUUCCAGCAGUGGAGGUGCUGUUAGAGUCCAGUGUACUAGAAGAGGCAGUGUCUAAAGCCUAAUUUUACUUUUCUAAUUCUGGUAGCUAUUACCAGGAAUUUUUGAAAGUUUUGUUGAAGUAGUCUAAUAUUUUUUAUGUAAAGAGCAUUAAAUUUUGCUAUGUAUAAAUUUUUGUAACCUAACAGUGAAUCAAUAUUUUCUAUCAGUGCCAAGGGCUUCCUGUAGUUCUAUUCAAGUGUUACAAUAAAUAUUUGUAGAUAAUAGUCAAUACUUGUGUAUGCUUAUUUUAAAGAUAUAUUUAGGUGGAAAUAGUUGUGGAUGUACUAAAGAGUAAUGAAAUAAAAUUAUAGCUUCAUUCGCUUGCCUUUUUACCAUACAUAAAUCCUAUCUUUCUC